UUGUCCAUACAUGCCUAACAAAAUCCUUGACCAAUGGUAUCUUCCAUUGCCAAUGGAAGAUUCUCCAAACAGAAAUGUACCUCCUUGUAUCCAAAACACCCUAGACAUGGAGAGGAAAAAGAAAAUUUUCUUUCCUCUUAUCCUGGAAUUGAAUGCACAAUCUCAAAAGAAAAAUACUAGAAGUUACAAUACGAAACACAAGAAGCCACUGCCCUCCAUGAUUUCUGUCAAAUAACAUAAUUAGCAUUGUCAUAUCAGUAUUUCUUGCAUUUCUGGCAAUUUUUCUUCGUAACACAUAACAUUGUUGAUCUCAGAAGGGUUAACCACUGCCACUGAGGUAUUGAAUUGUCACCACCUAUUUACCAUGACCUCUCAAGCUUAUAAUGUUCCUCAAAGAUAUGUCUCUUUAGAGAAGCAAGGCCAACAUGGCAAUAGCACGAUGCCCCCUCCUUAUUAUGGCCACCAAGUACCGCCCCGGCACCAUUCCCACCGCAGCCGCGGCGGAUGUGGAUGCCUGAGGUUGUUCUGUUGCUGCUGUGGUUGGUGCCGUUGCUGUCUUUGCACCAUCUUUAUCUUCAUUUUCCUCUCGGUGGGAAUUGUAGUAGCUUUAUAUUACUUGUUCAAGCCCAUCAUACCAACCUACAAUGUUGAAAAUCUUGAUGUCAAGGCUUUUGAUCUCCAAAGUAUGAAUAAGAUCUCCUCUGACAUUGUUGUUGUUGUGAAGGCAGAGAAUCCAAAUGAAGGCAUUGGAUUGCAAUAUCUAGAAAAUGAAGUUACCAUGAUUUAUUUAGGAACAGAAAUAUGCAGGGGACAGUUCCCUCCUUUCUUGCAGCCAGGGAAGAACACAACGUUGUUCAAUGUGGAUUUAAAGGGAGAGACUGAAUUUGACGCGGAAAAGCAACAUCAACUAAUGCAGGACCAGAAGGAAGGACAUAUUCCUCUGUUAAUAACAGUGAAGAUUCCUAUAAGGCUUGUGAUUGAUGACAUUAUUCAUCUGAGGAAAGUUGUGGUAAAUGUGAAUUGUUCUGUGGUUAUAGAUCAGUUGCAACCCAACAAAAAGCCUAACAUUUUGAAGAAAGAUUUCACUUAUGGAGUCGAGUUCUAAUAGCAUGUUUGCAUCAACUUAUUUUUUCUCAGAAUCAGUUCUCGCAUCCAGAAAGCUACUAAGAGAAUCUUGUACUCAUAAUUGAUUUUGGUUUUAGAACCAAUUGUAAGAGGAUUACUAAACAUACAUAUUUGUCAUAUCACUUGGAACCUUUGUUAACUUUUGCACUAUUGAAGAGGAAGGCAGAGGAAAUUGGUGUUGGUGUGGAUUAUUUGCUAAGUGUUCUUUGUGUAAGAUUCUUCAUAACACAUAGGAAUGCAUUUAUCACAAAUGCAUGUGUAAAAUUAAAUUUAUUUUUAACAUAUCAUCUGCCUUUUAUUCUUGGUCCCUCCCUAAACCAAAUCCUCCCUCAGCCACGGAUCUUAACCCUUAAAAAUAUAACUCUAGUUGUUAUGUCUCAUAACAUUAGCAACACCACAAAAAAAGGAACGAAUUCUUUCAAUGUUUACAUAUAUGCAAAUUAUAAUUCUAUUAUGCCAAAGUUUGUUUUCAACAACACCUUCAUUAAGCGUGCACACUUUUAAAUUUUAAUAACAGUGCAAACUGCUACUAAAGAUUGUGCCUUUCAUAACAAUUACAUGCUAGCCUUUAAUGCCAAUUUCAUGCACAACAACAACUAUCGAAAACUUUAAUUAACAAAUGACACAAUAUUCUUUAAUACUGGUAUUAAGCUUCUAUAUAUUCACUUAAAUUUUGCUCUAAUCCCUCAAGAAGUCAUCUCCCUAUUAGAAGUUAAUUCUUCUGUUCUCUUUUGCGUUCUCACGUAUUCAACCUCACCGUCGUACUCUUUCAUAUGUACGUCCUUCUCAUUUUAUUUCUUCUAUUUUAUUCUUAUGUGCUCUUGAAUUUUAUUCAGUUUUUCAGUUUGUCAUGAUCU